AUGUUUAAGAAUACGCUGUGGGUAAGUAAUCAGUUUAUACAGAGUGCUCUUGAUAAAUAUGAUAAAAGUACUGGUAACUGUGAAAAAGACUUCAGAGGUCGUCAUAACAAUAAAAAGAAGGUUUGUACAGCCGCCAUAAUAAAAGGUAUGUGUGAUCAUGUAAACUCGUUUCAACCAGUGGAGUCAAAUUACACAAGAAAUGACACAAACAAAGUUUACUUGGCUGAUUUAAAUUUCUCCACGAUGUUUAAGUUGUACCAGACUUGGGCAGAGGAAAAUAGUUUUGUGCAGAGGGUACACACAGCGCGCCAGUACCGAGACAUAGUUAACAAGGAAAUGAACAUAGCCUUUUAUAUUCCUAAAAAAGACCAGUGCGACGUGUGUAUAGCAUUUAAAAAUUGCCUUCCUUCACAAACCAGAGCACAAGAUCAGUACAAUAAACGUAUACAAGAUAAUAUAGAAAUAUUUGAAGAAACAAGACAAAAAUGA